UUUUUUUUCGCCAAAACUCGACACAAGUAAUCAUCAAUUAAUUUUUUCUAAACACAUCAUAUCACAAUGGCGGACGCUAUAUCUAUCGAGGAGACAAAUCGAAUCCGGGCUUCACUUGGAAUGAAGCCUUUAGCAGUACCAGGAGCUGCAGGUCCAAUUUUCAAAGCGGCCCCAUCUGCACCAGCAGAAGAUGUUGGCAGUACAUUAGAAUCGCGACAAGCUGAAGGCUAUGAUAACUAUCGAAGGUUACAAGACGCUGAGGAGGCCAAGAGGAAACGAGAAGCUAAAGCAGAAGCCAUAAAGAAGGCGCGAGAUACAGCCAAACGAUUUGCGAAACUCGAAGGCAAAGGUCUGGGAGAAGCUGAUGAUGAUGGCGAUCUGGAUGCUAAAUCGUGGUUGGUGAAGCAAAAGAAACGACAAAAAGAGAUUGAAAAGGCAAGAAAGAAGGAGCAGGAACGUAUCGAUGCAGAAGCUGCGGCAGCUGCCGAAUAUACAGCCAAAGAUCUUGCGGGCGUUAGAGUUGGGCAUGAGCUGGAUACAUUUGCCGAAGGGGAGGAUCAAGUUCUCACAUUGAAAGAUACCACGAUCGACGAAAAUGAAGAAGAAGGUGAUGAACUGGAGAAUUUGGAUUUACGCGAGCGUGAGAAGCUGUCUGAUAAGUUGGAGCUCAAGAAGAAGAAACCUACAUACAAUCCAAACGACGACUAUGAUGAAACCGGUGAAAGGAAGAUUUUGGCACACUAUGAUGAGGAAAUUGAUGGCAAAAAAGGAAAGAGAUUUACUUUAGACGGUAUGGGCAAUACUACUGAAGCCUCGUCAGGAAAUUUCGCGUCUGCUCUGAAGACGAAAGCCAAAACUUUUAGCCUUGACAUUUUAAGUAAGCAUCCGAACCCCAAAUACCUUAGCAUCCAUUUACCUCGGCCACUAACAUAUCAUUUAGAGGAUGACGAGCCGAAAUCUGAUUACCUUGAUAUUUCCGAUAUCAAGGUCAAGAAACCGAAGAAAAAGAAGGCGAAGUCAACACGACAAAAGGCGCUUGAUGAAGACGACGUAUUUCCCGAACCUGAGCCUGCUGUCUCAAACGGUGACAAUGCUGACGCAAUGGAUGUUGACCAAGGAUCUAAGCCCAUCAAGAAACGAACUUUUGAGGAUAUGUCUUUUGUUGAUGAUGAUGAUUUACAAGCUUUACUUGCUACUCAACGAAGGAAUGCAUUGAAGAAACGCCAAAAGUUACGACCAGAAGAGUUUGCUCAGCGACUACGGGAGGAAGCAUUGGCAACUCCCGCAGAUAACGAGGAAGGUAAUGAUUCAGGGCUUGUGAUUGAUGAAACUUCCGAGUUUGUUUCGAAUCUUCAAAAGCCAGUUGCACCAGAGCCUAAACGAAGAUCAGUAUCUCGGACAGCAGAGGCCGUCACUUCCAUGGAUGCCGAUUCUGAUGAUGAUGACGGGGAUGUGCAAAUGAAUGAAUCGUAUGCGAAUAUAGAGGAUGAUGAGGACAGGCUUGCUCGAAUUAAGCGUGAAGAAGAGUCGAAAGAUGGCAUCGCCAAUAAUGGCUUAGAAGAGGAAGCCACUCUUGAGAAGGGUCUAGGUUCUACUUUGAAACUUUUGAGAGAAAGAGGUAUCCUGAAGACUGCCGAGUCUGGUGAUGUGGCCACAAUUUUCCGAGAGAAACAGAUGUUUCUCGCUGAAAAGCAACGACGUGAGGCAGAAGCAGAAAGAAGAGCGAAGACGCAGAGAGAGAGAGACCGUGCCACAGGCCGUUUAGAUCGUAUGUCUGCUCGUGAAAGAGAAGAACAUGCUAGGCAACAAAAUACUUUACGAGAUCAACAGGAAUCGCGACAACUCGCUGAACACUUUAAUAAGGAGUACAAGCCUAAUGUGGAACUCAAGUACAUUGAUGACCAUGGAAGGAAUAUGAACCAGAAGGAGGCCUUUAAACACCUAUCACAUCAAUUCCACGGCAAGGGCAGUGGCAAACAAAAGACUGAGAAGUUAUUGAAGAAGAUAGAAGACGAGAAACGAAGAGAGGCUCAAAGUUCACUGGAUGGUAGUCAAAUCGGUGGUAUGACUGGAGCGGCAGCACAACAGUUGAAGAAGAACAGACAAGCCGGUGUGAGAUUGGCUUGAUCAGAUCAGUUUGAGUCGAGACUGAAAAUAUCUAUCAUGGUGCAAAGGUGCAGACUCCUAUACUGUACUUAGAUUUUAUUACAAUGCUGACAAAGUCUUUGUGAAGAUAUACGAAAUGUGUGCCCUUGUUGGUACACUGUUUGUGAUGCUGUGGUAAGUCUAGUUUGAGAGGGUUACUAAUACACAGUGGUCUCUACAUUUUGCUUCUCGGACAUACGGUAAGUCAGUGUUAUGCUAUGCUUCACCUUGAUCGUUCAUUCUAUGUCGUCAGCAACGGAGCUUGUAUGUAAGCAAUGCUUGCCGGGUUUCAACCUCUUCUCCAUUCCUACUCCAUUCCUUCGCGGUUCAUGACUUUCCCCUCUUGCAUGCAGGGGCCUCUAUUAGAGAUGCCAAAGCGAUGAGCCUUGUGUUAAAUGAAAUUCCUACGCCCACGCUGUACAUUUUCUGUUAACUCGAUAUUAAUACUUUAUAUGAUCACAUCAUCACACAUUUCAAUAUCUUCAUCCUCACUCUCCAUUUAUAGUCCUCGGGAUAUGUAGCUUUUAUGAUGGACUGAUUUAUAUACAUAAAUGCUUGGUAUCGUUAUGUGAGUUGGCGGGCUUU